CGAGAAUUGGUCUCCCUGCACUUGAAAAGGCACGGGCCUCCUUCUCUUCCUCUCGUCCGUUUAUUAUUCACUAAUUUUCUGUCUCUGUGCUAAUACAAAGUGCCUUGCUCGAGGUUCCCUUCACUGUCUCUCCCCCACUUCUGUUCCCUUCUCAUCGUCCCAUUUGUCUCUUUUUCGUCGUCUACAUUCCCCAUUAUUGGCUGAGUUCUCUGUUUUUUUUCUCUCCUUCAACUUUUUAUCCCCCGCUGAGAUCUCCGGAAAGAUGGCGUCCCAUAUUUUUGGAUACCCUCGCAUGGGCCCCAAGAGAGAGCUCAAGUUCGCUCUAGAAUCGUUCUGGGAUGGGAAGAGCAGUGCCGGUGACCUGAAAAAGGUUGCUGCUGAUCUCAGGGCAUCCAUCUGGAAGCAGAUGGCUGAGGUCGGGAUCAAGUACAUCCCCAGCAAUACCUUUUCGUUCUACGAUCACGUGCUUGAUGCUACCGCCACGGUUGGCGCUGUUCCACCGAGGUAUGGCUGGACUGGUGGGGAGAUUGAGUUUGAUACUUACUUCUCCAUGGCCAGAGGAAACGCAUCUGUACCUGCAAUGGAGAUGACUAAGUGGUUUGACACGAACUACCAUUAUAUUGUCCCCGAACUGGGACCUGAUGUGAACUUCUCCUAUGCUUCUCACAAGGCAGUAAAUGAAUACAAGGAGGCCAAGGCGCUUGGAGUAGAUACCAUCCCUGUUCUCGUUGGCCCAGUAUCUUACUUAUUGCUCUCAAAGCCUGCCAAGGGUGUAGAAAAAUCGCUUCCACUUCUUUCUCUCCUCCCCAAACUCCUUCCAGUAUACAAAGAAGUUGUAGCUGAUCUUAAGGCAGCUGGUGCUUCAUGGAUUCAGUUUGAUGAGCCCACCCUUAUCUUAGACCUUGAAUCUCACCAAUUACAAGCAUUCACUGAAGCAUACUCAGAACUCGAAUCCUCUUUAUCUGGUCUCAAUGUGCUUGUUGAAACCUGCUUUGCUGAUGUUCCUGCUGAGGCAUACAAGACCAUUACAGCUUUGAAGGGUGUCACAGCAUUUGGAUUUGAUUUUAUCCGAGGAACCAAGACUGUUGAUUUGAUCAAGGGCGGAUUUCCCAGCGGUAAAUUCCUCUUUGCCGGAGUAGUUGAUGGCAGGAACAUCUGGGCUAAUGAUCUUUCUGCUUCUCUCAGUACAUUACAAAGUCUUGAGGGUGUUGUGGGCAAAGAUAACCUUGUGGUGUCCACAUCCUGCUCACUUCUUCACACUGCUGUUGAUCUUGCCAAUGAGACCAAGUUGGAUGCUGAGAUCAUGUCAUGGCUAGCUUUUGCUGCCCAAAAGAUUUAUGAAGUCAAUGCUUUGGCCAAGGCAUUGUCUGGUCAAAAGGAUGAGGACUAUUUCUCUGCUAAUGCUACUGCCCUGGCCGCAAGAAAGUCCUCGCCAAGAGUGACCAAUGAAGCUGUUCGCAAGGCCGCUGAUGCGUUGAAAGGUUCUGACCAUCGCCGUGCUACAAAUGUCAGUGCCAGACUAGAUACUCAACAAAAGAAGCUUAACCUUCCAAUCCUUCCAACCACCACUAUUGGAUCAUUCCCUCAGACAGCAGAACUAAGGAAAGUGCGCCGUGAAUACAAGGCUAACAAGAUCUCUGAGGAAGAGUAUGUUAAGGAAAUGAAGGAGGAAAUCCGCAAAGUAGUGGAACUCCAAGAAGAGCUCGAUAUUGAUGUGCUUGUACAUGGGGAGCCUGAGAGGAAUGAUAUGGUCGAGUACUUCGGCGAGCAACUUUCAGGCUUUGCCUUUACUGUCAAUGGGUGGGUGCAGUCUUAUGGAUCCCGGUGCGUGAAGCCACCAAUCAUCUAUGGUGAUGUGAGCCGCCCAAAACCCAUGACUGUCUUCUGGUCAUCUACAGCUCAGAGCAUGACCAAACGACCCAUGAAGGGAAUGCUUACAGGCCCUGUCACCAUUCUCAACUGGUCCUUCGUUCGAAAUGACCAGCCUAGAUCUGAGACCUGCUACCAGAUUGCUUUGGCUAUUAAGGAUGAAGUAGAAGAUCUUGAGAAGGCCGGCAUUAAUGUCAUCCAAAUCGAUGAGGCUGCUUUAAGAGAAGGUUUGCCUCUGAGGAAGUCAGAGCAAGCUGACUACUUGAAAUGGGCUGUGCACUCCUUCAGGAUCACCAACGUUGGAGUACAAGAUACCACUCAGAUCCACACCCACAUGUGUUACUCCAACUUCAACGACAUCAUCCACUCAAUUAUCGACAUGGAUGCUGAUGUGAUCACCAUUGAGAACUCUCGUUCUGAUGAGAAGCUCUUGUCAGUGUUCCGUGAAGGAGUCAAGUACGGAGCUGGGAUUGGGCCUGGUGUGUACGACAUUCAUUCUCCAAGAAUACCACCAACUGAGGAAAUUGCUGAUAGGAUCAACAAGAUGCUUGCAGUGCUGGAGAAGAACAUCUUGUGGGUGAACCCUGAUUGUGGGCUCAAGACUCGAAAGUACGCUGAGGUGAAGGCAGCCCUCACUAACAUGGUCGAUGCUGCCAAAAGCAUCCGCAACAAGCUCGCCAGUGCCUAAUAAAAUGGUUCAAGAAAGAGGUUUUUUCUUUUUUCUUUUUUCUUUUUUUUUUACUGGUUCUGCUUGAUUCAGAGAUAAAGGAAAAUUUU